GCAAAAAAAAGAGGGGACUCAGUUGGGAGCAACUCCAGGAGGGCUAGAAUCGGCAGCCCUUGAGACAACUUUUUGAGCUGAUCGCAGCCUCGCCACGCGCUGCCCCUGCAGAUUUCCGCUGGUGCAAAACCCCCCAUCCCUGCUGAUGGGACCGGCAGCCGCCACGCGCGCCGUCCUCGUGGGCGCGACCCUGGUCGCGACGGCUUGGGCCGGCGGCACGCGCCGCGUCGGCAGCGAUUGGCCCCAUCACGGCGUCGGCUCCGCGCCCCGCAUCCCCAUCGGCUACCCGCUGCCCGCGCCGCGCGCCGUGCGCUCGCCCCAAGGGCGCACCGUCGUCGUCAAGGGCGACGCGGCCGCUCGAUCAAAUAAUGACGCCCCGGACCUGCGGCCCUGGUGGCGCCGGCAAGCCAUCGCUGAUCCAAAUGCGGCCUGGGUCGAGGAGCUCCUGAAGAAGAACUGCGCGAACGGGUCCUUCUGGCUGCCGCUCACCGACCACGGUCCUACAAAAUUCGCGCAGGGCGCCGCGCUGGGCGCGCGGAGUGGGCUUCUAGACCUCAAGAAGGUCUCGGCGAACCAUAUCAUUAUUUUUCUGCUGGAGAGCGCCGAGACGGCGACGCGCGAGCCGGCGCCGGAGACGUUCUGCGGCAACAGCACGGUCCCGUGCUACGGCGAGCUGCGCGCGCCGCCGGGCAGCCACGCCGACGGCCUCAAGCUGCGGGCGGCGCGGUACCGCAACCGCCGCGACAGCUGCCGCGACGCGCCGGCGAACGUCGUCUGCGUGCGACUCGAAGGACUGAGGAAGCGCCCCCUCGACCUCUUCCGCCACCUGACGGACGUGAUGGGCAUGCAGUGCGCGACGGACGAGACCUCUCUGGUGAGCGUCGCGCCGCCAGCCACGACGACGACCGCGCUCUCGUCGGCGGACAUGGCCGGGGUCCGCGCGGGCAUCGACCUAGACGUAGAGAAGGAAUUGGGCUACGCGUACGAGGGCGCCGCGGACGCGGGCGCGGUCGUCGUUCAAUUCCCGCUCGUCACCCGAAGAUUAUCUGCUGCGGCGCAGUCCGGGCCCCACCGAAGAUUCUCGGCGCGCAGUACCCCCUAAGUUGCUCUUCGUUCUUA